GUUUUCAUAAGUACAGUAACUUGCCAUCGCAGUGUUGCUGCAAACGUGUCCCUUGCCUCUUUGGUAAUUUCAAUUAAUAAUUAUUAGUACUCGACUUAUGUAGCUACACUCACUCUAUCGAUUAGUAAGAAGAGAAGAGUUAUAUGUUACGUAAACUCUUCAGUGAUCAAUUUAAUGGACAGUGCUGAAGCGUAAAUCAGUUUUUGAACAUUAACAACUCUGUUGGACAUCAUGGGCAAGAAUAACAAGGCCCAGCGAACAAAAAACAACGCACGGCCAUCAAGCAGUGGCCGUAGCGCACAGCUGUUAGAGACCAAUGUCUCUUUCUCUUCACAUCAAGCAGAAGGAUUUGGUUCUCCGCUGCCAUCAUUUGCUGGUCUUUCAAAUUUAACCUUGGAUGAUGGAGAAUCGCAAUCAUUGGACCCGCAAACUCAACUGAUAUUGAAAAAGCUCAAUAAAAAAGAUGCUGUCACCCGACAGAAGGGUCUGCAAGAGCUGGGUGAAGUUUGUGUCGCUGCAGAAGAACAGGAAAUCAAAGCAAUUUUGAAGUUGUGGCCACGAAUGUUCUCCUCUCUGAGCACAGAUCCUGAUCAUCGAGUUCGAGAAGCAACGUUUGUGGCUCACAAGCAUGUAGCCAAGAAGGCUGGCAGAAAUUUGGCACCAUAUUUGAAAAAUUUGUCUGGACCUUGGUUUGUUGGACAGUUUGACACAUUCGCACCAGCCUCAAGUGCUGCCCAGGCAGCAUUCAAGGAUUCAUUUCCAGACAAGAAAUAUGAAGAUGCUGUCAAGUACUGUCAAAAAGAGAUUUUAUCAUACAUAUCUGAGAACAUGUUAAGCCAAACUAUUGAAACUGUGGCUUAUGAAAAGUCUCUUUCCCCUGAUGAGCUGGAGGCCAGGAUGGAACGAGUUCUCACAAGCAACUUGAAAGCGUACAAUUCGUUACUCUCAGAGCAGCCAACAAGUCAAAUCAAGGAAAUGGCGGAGGCCAACAAGGCCAUCACAACGUCCAACAAAUUCUGGAAGCUGAACAAACACAAGUCUCCAUUUGUACGCAGAGCUUGGUUUACAGCCAUGGCUUCAAUUCUGCAUACCGCUGAUUUCCUCCUCGAAGGGCAAGCUGCUCAAACCGUUCCUGCCAUCUUUGGAAGUUUGGACGAGUCGGACCCGAUCGUUCUUUCGUCUGUUUGGGAUGCAGCUCUCAGUGCCAUAAUCUCAAUCAAAGACUGCUGGUCACAUGUUAACUGCGAGAAAGUAGUUUUUCCAAAGCUGUGGCAUGUCUUGAAAGAAGGUGGCUAUGGGAACUCUGCUACUAUUUUUCCAAACAUGCUGCCUUUAAUCAGCAAAGUUGAACCAAAAGACAAGACUGUCUUCACCGCCAAGUUCUUCUCCAACAUGCUAAUUGGGCUUGGACAAAAGUCUGUUCUCCAAAGCUUGUCUGAGAGCAGUGCUAUUGUGACUGCAUACAUUGAGUGCCUCAGAUACGUCAUUAAUAUAGAGGAUGUGAAAGAAAGCAAGGAAACACUUGUUAAGCAACAGCUCCUGCCCUUGCUUAACGCUUGUAUUCUUGACCGGAAAUUUCAUCUGACCAUCAACGCACUGGCUCUGCAACUUUCGAAUUUGCUCCCAGCGUGGAACAGCUCAAAUUUAGACGAACCAAUUUGGUGGCACUUUGGUUCAAUGCUCUCUGACUUCAAUGAGAGUUCAGAAUUGAAUCAUCAGUCUUUCGUGGAGUUGGUUGUCCUCCUGGCCGAUCCCUCCAAAAUCAAGAAGCCCCGUAGGGUGAACUUUGCUGGAGGAGAUGACGAACAUAUCAAGAAAGUUGACAGUGAACCUGAGGAGAGGCAAACUGUUGCUUACUGGCAGCCACUGCUCAGAAUUGCCACCUGCGCUGCCACUUACGCUUUGGAUGCUGCUCUUACUACAAAAUCGCCAGAAAAGCUUGUUUCUACUCUAUUUCAUCUUGUAAAAGCGUUCAAGAGUGAAGAGUUUUUCAAGACUGUCAGACCAUCAGUUUUUUCUUUUUACGAGGAUAUUUUCAAGCUGCUGAAUGAAGAGAGAGGAGACAGCAAGGAAAUAAUCAAGAUGAUAUUCCUGCUUUUUGAAUUUCUCGAUCAAGAUGAGAAGUCCACUGCUUAUGAUAAUUUCACAAAGAUUGCAGACCGUAGCAUCCUUCUGUGUUGCAUUGAAGAAGCAGUGCAUGCUGACAAGUUGGGAGAAAAGUCAGUGAUUAUGUGGUUGCGCAGUGCCGGCAUGAGCGAUGUCAUGCUUACUUUAGCCAAAGAAGUCUCAAACAUGCUGGAGUCUACUGAGAAGCAGAAAUCUACUUCUUGGACAAUAUUGAAAUUGUGCUUCUCACCCUCCACUCAACAUGACAAAGAAAUUUUUGCCAACUUCAACACUGUAUCGGCAAUCAUGCUCAUCUUCUGCGAGGCCCUGGCGGUUCCAAAAACUGCAUUAGAUGACAGAACUACUUUGGAAUCUUAUGCAAAUUUCAUCGGCGAACUAAUGAGCUCUCUCUUCAGCCAGCAGUUCAAACUUUGCGAAAAUACUCUGCAAGAACUGCUCUUGGGGACAUUCAAACUGUGCUGCUCGUCCAUUGGGCUCAGCCCAGCUGCCUCAGACAGUCUCCAGAAUGCUUUGGUUAAUGGUGUCAUGCAUCUGAAAUACUCCAGCAAAAAUGUGAUUGACAUGAGCAAGAAAUUUGCCAGCGUUGUUAGGCAUGAGUUUUCAUUCAUGAACUUGAAGCCCGUAACUUGCAUAGGAAAAUUCUUGGAAACCGUCAACUGCACUGAGGCCUUCGAGGUUUUCUUGAAUGGCCAGCCUAAAUAUCAGGGUUGGCAAAAGCAACUUGAGGAUGCUUGUAUGCUGAACGAAGUCGUGCAAGGCGUUUACUGGCCAAAGGGAAACAAAAUUCCUCUGGCAACAAGCGUUGAUUGUAUUUUUGACUUCACUGUGGAAACACUUCUGAGAGCCAACCUUUUACUUGAAAUGCUGAAUAGGAAAGCAGCUCUUCCAAAUGAAGCGUACUCUGAUUUGAAAGGAGAGGUGCCAAUUGAAGAGUUGGAGACUGAACUGGAAUUCAACUCUGUGUAUUCUGACGCAAUUUUGAAAGAAAUGACCAGCCUUAUUCAGGCAUUUGUUAUCUGCGAUAAAACUGUUUCACACUACAAAAACAACCCAAACUGCUCUAAAAUUUCAGUGGACAUUUCUAUGCUGAAACAUGUGAUGGAUACUCUUUCAGUAAAGCUGCCACCUAGCUUUAUUUCUAAAAAUUUUGCUGUAAUGUUUGACAGGUACUUGAACCUAAUAAUUUAUAAUGGAUGUUUAUUAUUUGAGUUUUCUAGUCUGAGAGCUGGUAAUUAUCCUGCAUAUUGGGUUGUGGUCCAGCUCUGCCAAUGGGAUGACCAUCUCCCUGACCAACUCUGCGAUGCCUUGGCGGAACCAGUUGCAGAAGUCCUUCCGUGGAGACUUUGGCUGUUUCAAUGGCAGGCGAUCUUGUGCGGCAAGCCAAAUGUUACAGGACAGUAUUACAGGGAGGGUAAUGAACUGUUGGAUAAGAAGGAUCCACUGUGCGCCCGCUACUUCACUGAUUUUCAAGCCUUCAUGAACCAUACAGAGGAGGUCGACAAACUUCUGGAUCUAGUGAUUAAGUGGAGCAAGCUGGAGUACUGGAAAUCAGCUUUUGAAGGAGAUUUAGAAGAGCACAAUCAAUUCAUUGCUGUCAUCACUUUUCUCACUCGGCUGAUUGAAAUCAAUGCUUCUAAACUGCAUCACACUCAGUGGGAUACUGUCCUCUGUUCCCUUGCUGGCUAUCUUCAAAAUGCCAAGAAAUUUGUGGUGCAACAACCAACCAACCCAAUACACGCUGCAAAACUGGUUUCACUGUGCCCAUUGGUUAAGAACAUUCAGUUCUUCAUGAAAAUCCUUGAAAAGGGGAGCGGAACGAAAACUAAUGUCAGCAAACCUGAGAAUUUGCUGGACGAGUGGAAGAGUUUAUUUGUGCCCGAGUUUUAUUCAAUUUUGAUGUCAUUUUACUUCGCUUCAAUGGAGGCGACAAUUGUUCCCUUGUUUGAGCAAACAAAAAUGUCAGCAGUCGGAUCAUGCCUUGCCAGUGUGCCCCAAGAUUGGCUUGUGCAGCUUGCUCCUCCCAAGCACAUGGUGAAGCAACACAAGUUGAUAUCCAAUCAGGAAAAACGCGUCCAGGACUUGGUUCUUCUGCUUGCUCCACUCCUUCAUUCAACAGACAGAAACCUGAAAGUCACGGCUUACCAUCUUCUAAAGAAAAUGUUGAAAGAGUUGGUGAAAAAAGAUGAAGAGUACUUACUCUCGGUGGACACUGACGCAGUUGAUACCAAAAAGCUGGCCUGUGAGCUUCUGGAAAAAGAGCUGGCAGAAACGCAUGAGGUGGUGAAGGCGAUGCUGAGCGACUUCAGAGUUGGCGACUGCUGCAUCGUCCAGCCAUUCACUGAUGGCCACAUUUACACCUACUCCUACCUCAUGAUUUGGAGUCUUCUCCUGGACAUGUGCAAGGAGGCAAAGUCUGAGCUCCGCUACCAGCUCUCUUGCUGGCUGAACAACGGAGGCUACACAAAGACUAUGCUGGAAAUCGUGUUCCGUCUGAUGCCCGAUUACGUGAUUCAGCCGUUCCAUGGGAACGCAGAUCGCGUUGUCAGUAAGGAGGCGUCAGAAAUGUUCACCCAUGAACACAGCCCAAGCUAUGAAGGCAAAUACACAAGCGGUAGCAUUAUGAAGAUGGCUUGCUGGAUCUACCUGAAGAGUUUGCUCCACCUUCCUGCGCUGGUCAGAGAUUGGUGGACCGAUUUGGACCCUCAAAUGUCUGGUUUAGUGGAGAGACUCACCGCAUCCCUCGUCUCUAAACAUGUGAUAGGCAUUGAGAUGAAGUCUGUUCUGGAGAGGAAGGAGAGCUGCACUGAAUUGGAGAUUAAAGUUCAUCCACUUGCGCGAGAGGUGAUUGCGACUUACACUGUGGAUGAAGUCAGAAUGGAGCUGACAGUUACCUUGCCUGUCAAUCAUCCUCUUGGCCCGAUCAGAGUUGAAGGAAACAACACAAUUGACAUUGCCAAGUGGAAGCAAUGGGUGAAACAGCUCACCAUCUUCUUGACUCACCAGAAUGGAUCUAUCUGGGAUGGACUGAUGCUAUGGAAGAGAAAUCUGGACAACAAGUUCCAGGGUGUGGAGGAAUGCUACAUUUGCUACUCAAUAUUGCACAGCUCAAACUAUCAAAUACCAAAGCUCUCAUGCCGAACUUGUCACAAAAAAUUCCACUCCUCGUGCCUGUAUCGGUGGUUCCACACUAGCAACAACUCGACCUGUCCGCUUUGCAGGAACCUUUUCUAACUUAUGGACAGAAGCCAUCUUUCACUUGUUACAGUUCAGCGGAACAAUUAAUUUUUGGAUAUAGUCCUACUUAUGUUAAAUAUCAAAUAAAAACGGGGUUUUUAAAAAGA